AUGGGCAGAAUCUACAAGAAUGCAGCAUGCAACAUAGCAGCCCCAGAUGCCUCCAGCGGCCAGCAAGGCUGUCUUUACCCACGGAACCCACGAACAAUACAGCCCGAACCAGUGAACUAUGGAUCUGAGAAUGAAGAGUACCUUGUCAACGAGACAGACAUUUACGAUGACCAUGUUCUGUACUCCAGAGCAUGGGUGCUCCAAGAGGCCAUACUCGCACGACGGACACUGGACUGUGGUCGGGGCCAACUCUUCUGGCGAUGCAGUGAGAUGAGGGCGUCCGAGGUCUUUCCAGGGGGUGUUCCAACAAACAUCUACCAUGAUGACCAUCCGGCAUCCAAGUUCAAGGCCAUCUCCACUGAUAACGACCAAGUUAUGAUCACAGCAAACAUCUUGGAACGCCGUCUCAGCAGUCUCAAGACACGGUUGCAAAUUCCGACUGCCCCGGGAAGGGGGUCCCUAGAACGAUACACCGAGGCCCCUUUUGCAUUCUGGUCCGCCAUCGUGGGAGAGUACACCAAGAUGAAGUUGACCAAGGACACAGACCGGAUAGUCGCACUAGCUGGUAUCACGGAUGUCUUCAGGCCGUUCUUUGGCGACCACUGGUUCGGCAUGUGGCGCAUCUUCAUGCCCCUAGAGCUGCUAUGGCAAGCUGGAGGUACGGGUCAACGGCCGUCCACGUUGCGAGCGCCGACCUGGUCGUGGUUCUCGGUUGAAAGGCCAGUCUAUUACACGAGCUGCGAGUUCAACUACCGCAGUGACCGCCUCAUCACAGAAUUCAUUGAUGCAGAGGCGAUAGGAGAAGACGGGAUGCGUCUCUGUCUAUCAACACCUUUGCUGCGAGCAACGUGGUCUAGCCUGAAUGAUUUCGGAACGAGCUGUGUCAUAUCCAGUCUCGAAGGUGAAACGCGACGAAUGUCGUUUUUCGGUAUUCCCACUAUCUCUGAUACCUAUGGAGAUGUCUCUUUCGAUCACUGGGACGAUGGCGCGGUGACUGAAGAUAUAUUCCUCAUGUGCAUACAGAUACGGAGGGGGUCCGGGAACAUAGCAUUGGGGUUGGUGCUGCAGGAGGUGGCUGAAGGGGUGUUUGAGCGAUUAGGGCACUUCUCUAUUCCAGAGGACUUGAUAGGCCCGUUCUUGGAUCGAACACCUAGAAGAGAGAUAGUUCUUAGAUAA